AUGCUAAAAAUCUGGUCUAUGAAGCAACAGCAGCAAGCUGCAUCUGCGGCUUCGGGAAAGAAGAAGGUUACUGCUGCUCAGUUACGGGUUCAGAAGGAUCUCGGAGAACUCUCGUUACCGUCGACGAUGAAGACUCAUUUCCCGGAUCCUGACGAUAUUCUUAACUUCACACUCACGAUCGAGCCAGAUGAGGGCAUGUACAAGGGCGGUGCUUUCAACUUCGAUUUCACCAUCAACCAGAACUUCCCACACGAGCCACCAAAGGUCCUUUGCAAGCAGAAAAUUUACCACCCAAAUAUCGAUCUGGAAGGGAAAGUCUGUCUUAAUAUCUUGAGAGAGGACUGGAAACCAGUGUUGAACUUGAAUGCUGUUAUUGUUGGGCUGCAGUACUUGUUCCUUGAGCCAAACGCAUCGGAUCCAUUGAAUAAGGAAGCCGCUGAGGAUUUGAAGACCAACCGGGACAACUUCAAGAGGAAUGUUCGAUCUUCCAUGGGCGGUGGAUACGUCAAGAAUAUCUCAUACGAUAAAGUCACGAAAUAA